CAGUGAAUUAGGACCAAAACUUCACUCCCAGAAAAAAAAAAAAAAAAAAUCACCUUCCCCUGAAUCUUCCUCGGAUUUCACUGGACCACUGGCCGGCUUCAAGAACUACUACUAUAAGUAAGCGCGCACACAUUCUCUCCGCUCUCAUCAAAAACCCACUUCUUUCGGCUUCGGGAUCUCUGUUCCCAGCAUCGGUUACGGGCCACAUGAUUUUUUCCUGGAACUUCGAUUCUCCGAUCCGAUUUUCGUGGUCAGAUACGAAAGGCCCCCGGAUUUCCGUUUCUUUUGAGGGACUUUGAUUCUGUUCUUUAAAUCUAUCUGCCUUUUGGUUUUCUAGUUCGUGUUUUUUUUUUUUUGAUCGGUGAGAGUGAGGAAAAAAUGGGAGUGAAAGUUGUUAGGGCCACUUUACAAUGGUCUCAGCCCUCCCUUCCUCAUUCUCCUUCCUCCCCUCAAACCCUAGCUCCCACAUUCUCAUCCCCUUCCCUCAAGCGAAGUUGUUCCAGCGACGGAGCUCUUGCAAUCCGAUGUUUUCAGAAGCUAGACCAAUCGCCCCUGUUUGGAACGGAGAUUUACACGUCUCGAUCUUGUGUUCGCCCGAAUCCGAGACGUCGAACUAUCCGACGAGCUACCAGUGCCGGAUUUGACUCGUUUUCGGAUGAAGAGUUCUCGAAAAAGAUUCAAGAAUUGGCCACGAGAUUCCAAGUAUCCGACGAUGAAAACGAUAGCCGGACCACUGAAUCGUCUGUUUCUUCUACAAAAGCCUAUAGUGGUAUCGAAAUCGCAGAGAAUCAGAGACUGUUUGAACCGCCUGAUUGGCCGGGGAGCAUGGAGUGGAAGGCGAACAGCGUGGAACUACCGGUCUCGCUUCGGAUGAUAAAGAGGAAGAAGCAAUGCCAAGAAGGGCUGAGAGGAUCAGGGGAUUACUCCGCGUGUUGCUCUGUCAACAAGGCUUUUUCCUCGAUGGUUUUCAUAAUACGAGAGCUCCAUAGCUUCACCCUGCAAAUGAGCGAAAGGCUUUCGUGCGUACAAGACCUGCAGGGGGUUCUGGCACGCGUGCAGAGCGAAAUCCACGCUUCGUUCGUGUGGCUGUUCCAGCAGGUUUUCUCGCACACGCCGACUCUCAUGGUGUACAUGAUGAUCUUACUGGCGAAUUACAGUGUGUAUUCGAUGAGCGGCAAUGUCGCCAUUGCUGCACCGGUCCCGCUAACAUCUCAUGCUGCUACGAUGGAGUCCGUUUCGGUUUACGAAGAUUCUAGUCAUCAUAAGCAGCAAAAGUUUGAUUCUUCUAAAAUCAAAACGUUUUCAAUUUCGUCUUCCAGUGGAAAGACGACCUCAAUCGGAGCAAACGACGGUGGAGGAGGGAAAUUCCGGCCAACUGCGAGUAAUACAGAUGGUGAGGGGCGUUUUGAUGACUCAACUUUAUUGAACUAUCAUCGUACUGUACUUCCCGAGACGACGACGGAGGGGGAAUCGGUAUCGGGACAAGUGACGAGUGAAGAGGAGUUGGGAGUAUGGCAUUCGAUAGUGGAAGAAGCAGCGAGGAUGCAGGGGGAGUUGAGGGACGAGUCAUUGGAUCACGAAACGAUGCAGAGGUUCGUUUCACCGGUGACGGCGAAGACAGAAGCGGAUGAGUAUGCGGAGUACGUGAGAACAGAGACGUUGUAUCAAAAGGGAUUGGAUGAAGACCCCAAUAACCCUCUUCUUCUUGCCAAUUACGCCCAGUUCCUCUACCUCGUCGUGAACGACUACGAUGGUGCUGAGGAGUACUUCAAGAGAGCGGUUAAGGUGGAGCCGCCGGAUGCGGAGGCGUUGAGCAAGUACGCUAGCUUCCUGUGGCAAGCAAGGAAGGAUCUGUGGGCGGCGGAGGAGACGUAUCUAGAGGCCAUCGCGGCUGACUCCGGCAACUCCUACUACGCGGCUAACUAUGCUCACUUCCUGUGGAGUACCGGCGGCGAAGACACAUGCUUCCCUUUAGACAACAACACGAACAAGGCUUGAAUCCCAAAAAUAACCAAAGAUGACUGCAGAAGAAGAAAAAAUGCGUUAUGGGGCACAGUUUCUUUUAGUUUGUCAUUACAAUGCAAGUCCAGUCACACGAUCAGGCCCCGUCAAAGAUACAGUUUGCUUGACCUUGUUCUGUAGGAUUAGGUUUUCUUUGAGUUGCUAUGCGUGGCGGAAAGAUAAAUAACCACAAAAUCUUGGUCACCCACCUUCAUUGCCUACCGUGUGUUUAUUUAAUCAUCAAUGAAGUAUAACAAUUGCAAAGGAAAAUAAGAAAGAGAAUUUUUUUUUGGGUA